CGCUUUUCCUGCUGUGAGAGGUCCACGGUUUCACAGGCCGCCUGCAACUGAUGUAUGAGAGAUGCAUGCACGUGGCUCCUCUCGGUGAAUGUAUUGUGGGGAACCUGAAUUGGCUGACUUCCUUCAUUAUGGAGGUGACAGGAAAUUUUUUCAACAAACUGCGUGCUAUUGCUGUCACUUUGGAGAAAGAGGCUGAAAAGCUUGAACAAGCAUUAAAUAGAGAAGAUACAGAACAUGAAGAUGAAUCUCCAAUGAGAGUCUUACAUGACUUGCAUUGUGAAGUCAGGACACUAAAGGGUGAUGUUAACGCUAUCCUGGAUCAGAAUCGCUCUGAAAGACAAGAAACUUAUGAUUUCAUGAAGGCCAUUAAAGUACUGAUGCAAAGAAAUACAACAGAUCUUGAAAAAAUAAGAGAACUGUUCCAGAGAUACGGUUAUAAACCACUUGUUAUAAAUAAGUCAGUGGAGGAAGAGGAGGAAAAAGAAGAUAACCAUGCAUCUAAGGUAUCUGACCAAGCUAAUUCUGAUCAAGAGAAAGUGGAAGAUAUGUUGAGCUUUCCUACUUGUUUUGGGAAAACAGCAGUGCCUAAGGAUCCCCUACUUAAUCCACAGCUUUCAGAUUUUGGUCUUUCACAGUAUGCUUUUUCCAGAACUUGGGAUGUGAUGGAUGUACAAUCCCAGAUAAAUAUGCAUAAAGAAGAUUCAAAAAAUAGAAUUCCAACUCCCAAACAAACUCCCAAAACACCAAAAUGUACAUUAAAGAUGGAUGAUUAUGACUGUUUAACUCCAAAGCUUGAACACUUUGGCAUCAGUGAACAUACUAUGUGUUUGAAUGACGACUAUACAAUGGCACUUAUUAAUAAAAAAGUUCAGACAAGAAAAAAUUUUCCUAAGGAAGAUAAUGAUAAUGAAAUGUGUGUGGCAUCAUCAGAAUCCAGGGAAAUCAUGAGUACUCCUGGACCAGCAAUGAAAACACCUAGCAAGAAUGCUGUUGAUUGCAUGGCUUCUCCUUUGAUACCUGUGUUCUGCACCCCUGGUUUGAAAAUUCCUUCCAGAAAAGACGUCUUACCCAAAUCCCCAAAGACGAAAGAAUCAAAUACUUCUAGUCGUACAGUAACACCCACUCUUCCAGACUUUGAAACAGGCUGGCUAAAACCAGAAAUUAAUCCAUUAAAGGGAAACAAGGUUGAGUCACUGCCAGCGAUUGAUGUGAAACAUAAACAACGCAUAGAAGAUUGUGCUCCUUCUAUUAUAAGUUCUGACAAGUCUGUUGAACACCUUGGAGGACCAUCUCCUCCAAAAAUAUCUGACUAUGAAAAUCUUCUUAAUACUCCUCCACCUCCGGAAAUUACGAAGAUACCAGAAGACAUUCUACAGAUAUUAUGCAAGUAUAAUCCAAAAACACACACACCUAACUUAAUGAAAAAGGAGACCAAAACGAGAAUUACUACAACAUUUGAAAGCAAUAUCCCAGAUUAUUGCAACAAAGAGAACAGAUUUUAGGGUAUUGUUGAGAAAGACAAGUCCUCUUCAGAGUUAAGGCCGUCAUACCAUGGUAUUCGUGAGAGCCCUGAACGAAACGGAGAACACUCUGGCCUACUGGCCUACUUCAGCUGGUAUGUUUGAAAUUGCCAUCAGCCAUAUCACUGGUAUUAGAUGGAAUAAAGCUUUAAUUUAGCUGGACUUUUUCUAUCAAGCAAGAUUUACAAAGAAAUGGCUCUUUUGAAGGCUUUGUUUGAAAUUACAACUUAGUUUCCUUUGUUGAAGACACUAUGAAGUUUUGUUCUGGAUAUAUUUGCAGAGGAUAUUCUGAAUCUAUCAAAUGAAAUGAUUGAGAGUGAGCUUAGAUAUGGUUCUGGAUUUUGAUUCACAUUCUUGGAUGUUGUGAUUCUUACAGAGCUUAAAAUGUUGGAUGAAAUAGAAAACCAAUGGAAAAAAGACAUUAUAUAAUACAUAUCGCUAUCUCAAUUUCUAACAACUUUCCUCGGGUCCCAAAGAACUAAUUGUGCAAAACGCUCAU